AUGUUGCAAGACGAGGAAGGUUAUAAAAGUACUGCUUGGAACCACUAUGACUGCUUCUGGAAACAUCCUGAAACAAAAAAACUCGAUGGUAUUCAUGAAAUACAUAACUUUACUAAACUAAAAGCAGAAGAUCGAGCAAAGAUAACAGCAGCAUUCAAUGAGUUCAAUGCAAAUAAAAUGACAACGAAAAAGAAAGGCAAAACAACAUCCAAGAAAAGAAAUAAUAAUGAUAGCGACGAUGAAGACUUUUCAUCAAAAUCGGAAUCAACUCCCAAGAAGUUGACAAAGAAGGAACCUGCAUCAAAAAAGAGAAAGCGUGCUCUAACGGAAGAGGAGGAUUAA